GCAGCUAAACCGCGAUCUCUCGAACUCUUGAGGGGCAUUUCCACUUCUUGUUUGAGGCGGCUUCUUUCUCGUUGGAUGAGCUGGUUGAUAUUUUGAACGUGCCGGUGGCCUUGAUGAUAGCCGACUCGGCGUGCUCCAAGAGCCACCGAAUGGUCUUGCCGUCGGACUUGUGGUCGAUCUCUCGGGUCAGUUGGAAGAUCCAGGUGACGCAGGCAUUGGUCUACGACAUUGGUCUCUCCGAGGAGAGACAUGGCCAAGCUGCAGGUCGGCGUCUCCUUGGUCUGGUGCGAGGGCAACCGUUGUGUGACGACGGACAACUCUUCUCUGCCAUGGUGGUUUGCAAGCCGUUGGGCACUGAACUGUUAACAAAGGCAAACUUCAAUUGGAAAAUAACUUGGGCCUCAAAGCUUGAGAAGUGUCAUUGCAUCGUUGUGCUACCACAAAAUGAGUUGGAAGUGAAAGCAGAAGACACAACACACACUAUACCAUGCCUUCUGCUCCUUCCAAACUCUACGUAGGUUCUUUGCAUUCUCUCAAUCCCUUAUUCACUAUAUAUGCAGGGUCUGAUGUUUUGGGCGAUGAUGAUAUCAAAGCAGAAGGUGGCUCAUUUGGCAUUAAAGCCGUUGGGGAGGAACAAUGCAAUUGAUGGAACGUGUGGAGUUGGAACGAAAGAACCCCAACUUAUUUUCGCUUCUGUAGACAGUGAGGAAAUUGUUGAUGAUUAAACUUACUUUUAAAUUAGCAAGAUAUAUAGCUUUUCUUUUCUUUCUGUUUGGUCCCUACUUAAUUAUGAUUUUAAUUUAUUUGGGCUUAGAACAAGUUUAUUAAUUGUUUGGGCUUACAAAUGUGCCCGUUACAAAUACCAAGUGAGCAAUCUAUUUCCCAAAACUGUUUGAGCUAUAUUUACAACAAUAAUUUGCAUCA